GCCACUUUAGCGGGAUAAUUCAUUUCUGAAGAGUUGUGUAUCAUUGUUUUCUUGUAACUAACUGUAAAGCAGAGGCUUGCUUGACUAAACAGACAGGAUGCGUCGCUCAGGGGCCCCCAGCCAGGUCUUUGGUAACAUGGCGAAGAAGCCCCGGUUCGUCCCUCCAGGAGCCUCACUGGCUGGUCCUCCUGAUCCCCCUGUGGGUACCCUGCUUGAACUGGAGCCUCUGGCCCCUAAACUCGCCCUGGGGAACGUGCUCAACAAGGUCCAGAGGAGCCUCUCAGCCCCUGCACCGCCCCUUGCCCUGCCUGUGAAGGCCUUCAGCCUGGCUAAGAGCAGCCCCCAAGCUCCAGGCCUGUCCAGAGCUCUAGCCAGGGUGCUGGGUGCAGCAGACGGUAAGAAGAACGAGCUAGAGCCUGAAGACCCUUCCUUUACAGAGGAGAACACUGGAGACCCAGCUGGUGAGUCAGACAUGGGAGGUGGGGUGGGUUGUGGUGGUGGCACAGUAAACGUUGCCAUUGAAACCAGGUAUUCCUGGUGUAGAUCUAAUGCAUUCAAAUGUGGAGAAGUACUUCUGGUAAGCUUUGGAUUUACUCUCUGUAUGUCAAAAGCAGAAAUCCUGGUGAUGAAAAUCACUGAUUAUAAAGCAACAAAGUUACUACUAACCAACGAUGAUGGUAAGAAUAGUCAGGAACAUUUGGUGUGCCAUAAGCGAAAUGCAGUUAAUUAACUAUGUAGCAUAUAUUGUUUACAUUUCACUGCUGUUGCUAAAGAUGUUCUGAAACAUUGUUUGAGAGAUGCUGGGAUUUUGUAUAGGUUAACGAUUGAGUUUAAGACCCAAAAAGGUGAGGCACGGGUAGAAACUGUAUUUUGCCUAAUAAAAUAGGGAUUUUUUUUAAGCAGGCAAGUCAAUUCAGAACAUACAGUGCCUUCAGAAAGUAUUCAGACCCC